AUGAUAGGAGGAGAAGUAAUAAUAGAAAAAAAUCCAUCAAAAAAAUAUUGCAUAUCAAAAAAGGAACCAUUAUGUGAUAGUAUAAUAUGGAAUAUGCUACAGAAUUAUUAUAAAAAAGCAGCUAUAAAUGCAUGGAAAGAAAAUGUAGUACCUUCUUUCGUAACUAGCAAUAGUAAACUAGCUAAAGAUUAUGCACGAGUAAUAAUAAAUUAUAUGAAAGAUUGGUUCAAUAGUAAUGAGUGUGAUCGUAAUGCUCCUAUUUAUAUUUUAGAAAUUGGUGCAGGUCACGGAAAAUUUACUUAUUUAAUUUUAAGAGCAUUGUCAAAAUACAAAAAAUUUUUUAAAAGUAUGAAUUUACCUGAAAGACCAUUUAUAUAUGUUUUUACUGAUGUAGCUAAAGAUAAUAUUACUUACUGUAUGAAUAAUGAAAGGUUAAAAAAAUAUAUUAAUAGUGGAAAUAGCAGUGAACAAACAUAUACAAGUAAAAAUAACUCAUAUGAAGAUUCAGAAUAUGAAAGGCACGAUAUAAGUUGUGAUUCUUCAACAAAUGAUUCUUGCUGUUCUUCAUGCGGUGAAACAAAUUAUGCAGAAGAAAAAAGUAGACAUAACUCUAAUUUUUCUAUGCUGGAUUUUGCUUUUUUUGAUGGAAAUGAAACUACUGACAAAAUUUAUUUGGAGAUAUCAAAAAAAUAUAUUCCAUCUGAUACACCAAUAGUUCUAAUAUGUAAUUAUGUUUUGGAUUCUUUAUUAACAGAUGCAUGGAUAGUAAAUGGUGAAAACGAUUUUAAAAGGGCUUUGUUGUCAGUAUAUUCACCAAAUGAAGAAAAAGAUAAAACAAAUUCUGAUAUAAUGUUAAGAAUGUCUGUUACAUGGGAUUGGGAAAAAGUUGAUAUUGAGGAAGAAAUUAAAAAAAAAGAAACAAAUAAAGCAUCUGACUAUUUAAGAAAAUAUGAAGAUAUUUAUACAGUUUUAAAAUUGUAUUCAUAUUUUAAUCAAUGUUUAUCAUUUGUAUUUCCUGUAGGAGCUUUCAUAUUAUUUAAAAGAAUGCUAAAAUUGAGUAAUAAUAAAUUGCUGUGUUUAAUAGGGGAUAAAGGAUAUCAAUCAUAUGAAGAGUUUAGAGGUUACAGAGAUCCUCAUAUAGUAGUCCAUGGUAGCUUAUCUUUUAUGGUUAACUUAAAUGCAAUUUGUCUUUUUUUUCUCUCCUUAGGUGGAUAUUAUAUAUAUACUCCUUACUCAGAUAAUUUUCAGAUAGUCACUCUAUUAAUGCAUCCAAAAAAUGAUAAAGCUAAAAAUGGAAAAGAAAGUAAGACUUCCACUACUAAUAAUAAUGUAUUAAAUGAAAAAUUAUGCAAUAAAAAAAAAUUUUAUAUAAUAGAUUUUUUUAAAAAAAAUAUAAAAAAUAUUCACGAUCAAAAUACAAGUACUUCAAAUUAUUCCACAGAUACAAAAGAAAUUAAUUGUAAUUCAAAAAUAUAUUCAAAAAAUUCUAUAAACGCACAAAAUGUUUAUAAAAAAAUUAAAAAAAUUAAUUUAAAAAAUUUAAAUAAUAUGACUAUAAAAUUUGGAGGAACCAUUGCUUCUUUUUAUGAUAACAUAGAACAGUUUCCACCAGAUCUUUUAAUCAGUUGGCAGAAAUCAGUAAUUCACAAUAUUGGCCAUAAUACAGCUAAUGUAAAUAUAAAAGAGUUAAUAUCUUUAUUGAGAUAUUCUAAUUAUGAUUCAGAUGUUUUUUUUAAUAUUAGAAACUCUUUUAUAAAUUUAGCUUGUUAUCCUAAUAUUAAUGGUAGAACAGAAAAGGAUAUAUUACUAGAUAUCAAAGAAUGCUAUAACAAUUAUUAUUCCUUUAAAAAUGAUGAAGAUAUAGCAGAUAUAUGUGGGCAUGUAUGUAUGAAAUUUGGGGAGUUUGAAAAAUCUAUUUUCUAUUUAAAAGAAAGCUUACGUAAAUUUAAGCAUUCUAGGCAUUCAUCAACAUAUAUUAAUAUUGCUUCUUGUUAUAAAAUUUUACGUAAUUAUAAUAAAUCCCUUAAAUUUAUCAGAUCAGCUAUCAAAUUAGCAAAUAAAGAAAAUAAAAACAAAAAUAUUCCUUUAAAUAACAAUUCCCAUUCUUACGAUUUAUUAUAUAAUAUCCAAUUUUGCUCUAAUCCGAUCACUUAUGCUAUGAUAGGUAUAAAUUACUAUGCACAAAAUGAUGGCCUAUAUUACUUAUCCUUCGAAAAUAGAAUUAAAUUGAAAUAUAUUUUUUUACUUUCUAAAGAGGAGGAAAAAGUUUUAAAGUACAUGAAAAUAAAAUAUCAACAUUCUUCUUACGAUAAAGCAUCAAAAAACUUUAAUUUAAGUGAAAUAAAAAUCAUAAAAGUUUAUGAUGAAAAUAAAGUUCUCUCUUUAGAAGAUUUAUAUGAAUUAGAAAAAGAAAAAAAUGAAAAUGAUGAAGUGGUGAAGUUAAAUAAUAUAGAAGAAAAAAAAACAUCUUAUGAUAAUGUAGAAUACUUGAAAAACAAUUUAAUAGAUUGCUUGGAUAAAUUUCAUUUUCAAUUUUGUGUUAUUGAUGCUCCUUGGAUUAUUAAAUCAGAUAUUGUAGAAUUAAUUUUAGAAAAAUCGAAACAUCUUAUUACAUAUGGUGCAUUAUCAGACUCCUCUAAGCGCUCUCUAAAUGUAAUUUCAAAAUAUAAAAAAGUAGCUGAACAUAUAAGCUGGGUAAAUAACAAUUAUAUUCAUGAUGAAUGUUUAUAUGAAGCAAGGGAGUCUUUACAUUAUAUAAAAAAUGUUAUCUCUAUAACAGUUACACACUACAGCACUAAUGUAUAUACUAAUCAAAAUGAAAGCAUUAAUUGUAAAGAAAUUUUUAUAAAUGACUUAUGCAGUAUUUUGAAUUCUCUGCAAAUUAUUUUAAACUUUAAUUUAACAGGCUUAACUGCUAAUUUCUUAAAAAAACAAAAUUCAGAAAAAAAAGAGUCUGCUAAACAAAUAGAAGAAGAAGGUAAUAUAGAAAUAUUAACAAGUAGUUGUUUAAAUAUAAAUGAUGAUAAUCAAAAAACAAUAUAUAAUGAAGCUAAUAAUUUUAUUGGAUGUUAUGUAUGUCUUACAGGGAUGCUGAUGUUUUCACAAUACAAAAAAUUAUCAGAAUGUUUUAAUGUAUAUGGAAAUUAUUUAUUAAUGAAUAAUAAAAAUGAUGAAUUUAUAACAAAAAUUAAUAUUGUUGGAUUGAAUGGUUCUUUGUGUCUAAAAAAAACAUUAUCCAAUUGGUCCAUUCAAGUUUUUAAUAUUAAUAAUGAUAAAAUAUUUGAUAAAUCAGGAAGAAUAUCAGCUAGUCAAAAUUCUAAUGAUGUAUUCAUAAACCAAUAUUUAAUAAAAACAAAUGGCAAAAAUAACAAUAUUAAGCAUUUCAGCGAAUAUGAUUUAAAAUGUCCCUUUAAAGAUUCUAAUGAAUCUAUUGAUUCAGAUAUUGAUAUCUUAGAAUUUUCUUCUAGUGAUGAUAAUGAUAAUAAUAAAAAAAUAGAGGAGCAAUUAAAUAAUUCUACUGACUCAAAUAAUGUUUUAUCUGACAAUAAUAGCAAGAAAGUACUAUUUGAUAGAAAUUUAGAAAUACUAAAAGAUCUUCCUGGUAAAAGAUUUUAUUCUACUAGUAAAGAAAUAUGCGAAAAUAUCAAUUUAGAUGAAAAUUUUGUUGAUAUAACAGUUAAUAAUAAUUGUUUUUACUCAAGAAUUAUUGAAGGAAUAAAUCUGUCUCACAAAAAAGACGGAUCAAUGGUUUAUUUUAAAUAUAAUUCUAAAUGA